AUGUUCAAGACGACCAUAGGACCAAGCGCGGCCGCUCUGGUCUAUCUCAGACCCGAGACGGCUCAAGGCCAGUUUCUCAACUUCCGGAGGCUGCUGGAGUUUGGGCAAGGAGCAAUACCGUUCGCAUCGGCGACCAUUGGAAAGUCGUACCGCAACGAGAUCUCACCUCGUUCUGGAUUGCUUCGAGUCAGAGUUCCUUAUGGCCAAAGUCGAGCACUUUGUGGACCCGGGGACGAGCAAGAGCCAUGA